UUUCAUUAAAAAAAUUAUAUUUGGAUGAAAACAAUAAGAGAAAAAUUCGAGAAAAAUGGCUGAAAAUAUUGAAAAUUCAAAUUCAAAUUCAAAUGAAGGUUCAGAUUUAAGUGUGGGCCGUGAAGAGAUUGUAGAGAAUGAAGAAGCCUUCAACAUUCCCAAAGAAAGUAUUGCCGAACGUGUAAUAAUGUGGCACAACCCAACGAUAGACCACGACAAACUUCAAAUUGAAGAAAAUAAAUCUUUAAUAGAAAAAGAUCACAGAUAUGGCAAAAAACCACCAAAUACUUUGAAUCGUGAGAAAAACUCCAUUCAAAAUGUUGAUGCACAAAGUGGAUCUGGGCAAAAUCUUAACCAAGAUAUCAAUAAUACAUCUGUACAAUGCUCCGAGGACAAUUCUGGCGAACCAUCUGCCUCUGGGUCCAAUCUCAACGAUGGUAUCACUAUAACUCAUGGGCAGAAUCAAGCUUCUGGCGAAGCAACUUGCUCCAAUAACAACAAAAUACCAGAAGACUCUGACAUCCAAUUUAAUCAAGUAAGCAGCUCUGACGAUUUGGCUGAAAGUGAUCGCUUAAAUGUAGUUUCAGAAGAUGAAGAAGAAACAAGACUCAAAUUAAAUUUAAAAAAUGAUCUUCUGCAGCAUGAUAUAAAGAUAGAAAAAUUGAAAAAAAGAAGAAGAAAAAUUGAAUAUAAAUUACAAUUGUUGAACAGAAAAAAAGGAAAAAAAAUGAAAAUAGAUUAUAAUUAAUAAUAUAAUCAAUUAGUUAACUGUAGGGGAAAUUUGUACUGACUCACAUUUAUACUAUAGGUUAGGGUGUAGCAUUUUUCAAACAUUUUAACGGCGAGGGUAAUAACCUUGGCUAUGGGAUCCCCUGAUCACGAAUCAGGCGUUUUUUUGCGAAAAAAAUAUAAACUGAGAUGUCACGGCUCAACGGCGAAGUAUCAAAAAUGGGAAAAAUUUGGAUUUUUUUGAAUUUUUUUGAUUUUUUUGAAUUUUUGUGUAAGGCAUCAAAAUACACUAUACUUUCAGUAUUGCUUACUUUUAUGCUUAAAUCAUCAGAACAGGUCCCAAAUAACACAUUCUAGUAGAAAAAUUCAUUCACAUUCAAAAAUGGAUACCUUUACCAUGGAACAACAUUUCAUUGAAAAUUUACAAAAAUCCUGAUAUUCAAAACUAUUCUUCUGAACACAAAUUUAUGAAUAUUGAAGGUUUCCUGAUCCGGAAUUAUCAAUAAUUGUCUGAAAUCAACAUGGAAAUUAAUGUGUGCAAAGUAUUCCAUGUCAUAAAUUCAUUUUUGGUACCAAAUGGAGACAUUAAAGAAAAAAUACAGAAAAAUGACAAAAAUUAUAAUAUUUUCGCCACUUUCUAGAAUAAAAAGGCCAAAACUCUUCCGCAUCUGAACUUUUCAUGUAUUUUACUCAAUUUGUGACGUUGCAGCAUCAAUAACAUCUGAUCUUUAGUCAAAGUGCAGUAUAGUUUACUA